CAAGAGACAUUUGCGCUUAUCACAACAGCAAGAACAACAACAAGAACAACACCGUUAAUCAGAGUAUCUGCUAAACAAUAGCAUAUGAAAUCUCUUACUGAAGUCAGUCUUCAUUGGCAGCUCGAGUGUUUUAGUACUUGAGGAUUCUUAUCGCCUUCGACCGUCGACCGUCGGUUUCUCUUGUUCUUUUGACUGUUUUAGACACGCUGCCACGCCCACGCAACGUAAUUUUUUCCUCCUCCUUUGCUAAUGAUGUCGCGUCGUGAGCUGAGCCACAACAACAACAACAAUAACAAUAACAAGAACUGCAUGUGCAACCGUGUGGCAGCCACAUCGAAUCCGUUCCGCUGAAAAUCGUUGGUCAAGUCGCGUCGUUCCGUCUUUCGUUUCAUUUGUGCUUGUGUCUAAUUUGCGUCUCCAUCAACAACAACAACAACACUUUGCUUAAUAAUCAAUAAUCAAAGCGUGCUUUAGGCCUUAUCGCUAAAAAAAAAAUAAAAAAAAAAAUAAAGAAAUUGAUUCGCGUUUCCAUCACAAACCAACCAAGACCAAUUAAUGCCAAAGCAAUUGCCACCUGCAACUACCCCCAUUCAUUCACUCUCAACCCCCAAUCAAACCCAACGAGAAACAAUCAAAACCAAGACACAUAAAACUUAAAUAGUUUAUUAACAACAAGUGCCCGGCAAAGUGCAUUCACAAUACAGUUCUUCAAAUCACGUUAACGAAGCUGCGGACUCAAACCACACUUCAUCAUGGACUUUCAAAGCGCUAUGGAAACUUUUGCAGAGGCCUGGGUAGCGGCCAAUGCUGGACAGCAGAGUCAGGCUUUGGCUCUGACACGGGCGGCCAAUGCGGCAGCUGUGGUGGCUGCUGCCAAUGUCAAAUCGCCAUCGGCUGCUGCUAGCCUCAUGGACAUGGCCGUCAAGAAGGAGCAUUCACUGUCGCCGACACACAGCGUCCUCCCCGAGGACUCCAGCGUUGGCGUUGCCCUUGGCCAGCUACAGCACAGACGCAGCUCGCUGCAGGGAGUGCAGGAGAAGUUGACACAGCUGCAGAUGCAGCAUCAGCAGCAUCAACAGCAGCAGCAGCAGCAGCAACAACAGCAGCAACAACAGCAGCAACAGCAGCAGCAGCAACAGGCUGCAGCAGAGACAACAAAUGCCGCCGGGCGACGUUCCACAGAGGGCAGUCCGCCGGCUCUGGGCUUGCUGCCCCAUCAGCACCAGCACCAACAGCAGCAGCAACAGCAGCAGCAACAAUCACAGCAGCUGCUGCUGAACACCGAGUCUGGCAGCGGCAACGCGUUGUCCUCCUCUGCGGGCUCUAGUCAAAAUGCCUCCUUAGCGGCGACACCCAAGAGCGAAAGAGAACGCGAACGCGAACGCGAACGUGAGCGUGAGGAGCGCGGCAGCAUCUCCUGCUUACCGCCCGCUGCGCUGGGCAUGGCUGUGGGCGUGCAGGCGCAGCAGCAAGCCGAGAAGCUGCUCAGUCAUCCAGCACUGGAAGCUCGACGAGAUUUCGAUGUCAGCAAAGUAAAUCGUGAGUAACUAAGCAAUUUUUAU